CAACUCUUCAUCCUCCUCCUCGUUGUCAACAACACCGCAUUCAACAAUGCCAAAGACCCCAAAGCGCAAGAAUAGGACAGACUCGCAGGCGUCGUCGACUGGAGCAACGGCCCACCCUUACCAGCGUAUAAAGGAAGAGGCCAAGGCUCCAGCACCCCCGCCUUCCUCUGCGUCCACUCACCCCAAGAUGCCCAACCCCGCCGCACCGUCCUCAGCCAAGUCAGACGGAACGAGGAAGGAGAAGCGUGAGCGUCGGAGAAGGGAGCGUGCUUCCGUAGGCGGUGGCGAGGAGGCUGCGCCCGCCCCUGCACCUGCUACCGCCCCUGCUGCUCCUGCCCACUCCGCUCCGAGCAGCCAGGAGGAGCGCACCAAGAAGGUCAAGAAAGCGAAGAUGAGCAGCGUGGAGGCCGUUGGCGACAUCUAUGCGCGCUUAGCAAGCGGUGGUAGCGUCGCUGCGUCUCAAGCUCCGACCAGCUCGCCCGCGAAGCCCUCCACCGACGACGCCUACGCCCGCGCCCACCCCUACGCCCACCCGAACAAUGCCAAGGACAAGCGCAUGCGCCAGGAGAUCCGCGACCUCGAGGCCAAGGUCCAGAAGGCCGAGGGCAUCGUCAUGCAGACCCAGCAGGAGAUGGCGGCCAAGCUCGCCGAACUCGGCAACCAGCUGCGCGAGAAGGAGGCCGCGCUGGCUGCCAACCAGGCGGCGCUGGACGACAAGACGCGCGAGCUAGACGCGCAGAAGGACGAACUGAAUACCAAGACUACACUUUUGUCGGAUCGUGAUCGCCACGCCGAUGCCCUCCGCGAGACGCUGGCCUGCACUGUGUGCUUUGAGACGUUAGACGACCCACAUGUCCUGACUUGCGGCCACGCUGCAUGCAAGCGCUGCCUCCUCCAGUGGUUCCGCUCGCCGAACGCUUACCGCGGCUCGGACAUUGAGGAUGUCCAGCCCGACACCAAGCUCACGUACCGCACCAAGCUGUGCCACCUCUGCCGCGCGCCAGUGUUCACGCGCCCCAUCCGCAUGUUCGUCAUGCAGCAUGUUCUCGAGGCGGUUGGCUUUGUGGACUCGGUCGGACCCACCAACAGCCCCGACCUCAUCACGGCCGACGAUAACCCAUGGAAGAACAUCUUCCCUCCCGACCCCGUGUCGUACGCCAUCCCAGACGAGGACGACGGCGUCAACCGCUGCCCCGGGUGCGGUCACGAGAUCGCUGAAGGCGAGUGCUCACAGUGUAACGAGAGAUUCUCGCGCCACGGCAGCGAGUCCGAUUUCGACAGCGACGACGACAGCCUUGGCAGCGUUAUGGAUGGCAGCGACCUCGACGACGACGACGCGCUUCUGGAGGCGGCGGCUCAGGUUCUAGGCCAGACCGGUGCUCCAGGUGGUGAUGCGGCAGCUCCCGGUGUUGCGGCCGCUCGUGCGUUAGCCGCUGAUCGUGAAUGGUCUCCGGCGACACUGGCCAACUGGGAGGCGCAGAUGAGGAUUGCCGGCGCCUUGGCUGUCCACACCGACACCGACGGUAGUGACAGCGAGUCUGUGACAGACGACGAUGGCUCGGACGACGACGGAUCGGAGAGCUCAUUCGGCACGAACGCUAGCUCUCAGCACGGCCACGGCACCUACUGCGAGUGCAACGCGUGCAUGGACGAGUCGGAUGACGACGAGCCUGUUGCAGCUGCUCCUCCGGCUUCCCGCGGUCGCAGCCGCCGUUACGACACCCCCAACUCGGUCUUGGCCGAUUCUGACGGUGACGAGUACUACGAGGCGUCAUUCAUCGAUGACUCUGAGGGCGAGCACGAUGAGAUCGGCGACUCGGAGGACGAGGUCGACGACGUUGCCGAGCCCGACGAGCCGACCAUUGACGAGCUGCGCGCGCGCCGCGCGAACCGUUACGCUGCCAACGACGCCCCCGUUGCCCCGGCCGCCGCCGCCGCCGCCCCCAUCACGAACUCGCGCCGCCGCCGUGCGCGCGUGAUCGACAUUUCCGAUGACGACGAGUAAACGCAGGCGUAGACGCGUAGGCUCUCGCAUUGUCCAUCAUUGCAUGUUCAACACCACUGUCAAUCAAACCCACAUGUGUGUAUCCCAUACCCAGCAUAGCAACGCUAGCUAGAACCGCUCCGUCCACGACAAGACCCGUGCAUCAUCGUCAUUUGUUUCACGCAUGCAUCAC